ACAAAAGUAACACUUGACGAGAAUGCUCAUCCUCCACAGUCUACAAUCCACGAUCCGGAAUUGUAUCUGCAAGCGGAUAGUGUCCCUCAACAUAAUUUAAGUUAAUCCCCCCACUCGCUCCUGCAAAUUUGCCUCGCAUUCAAACAUGUGUCCAGCGACCAUCUCUUCAGCCGCCAACAUUGACGACGCAGUCACUGGCCAUGAGCCGUCCGCAGUGUUUCGGUUUCCGGCAACUUAUCAUCAGAUGAAUUUGCUGGCGGAUCAAAAUGAAAAUGUCUAUUAAUGUUUCAACCUGGCUAAUCGCAGACCCGUUCGCUCCUAAUUCCUAUGGCGAAUUCAAGAUUUUUGGCUACCAGCAGUUUUAGGAAUGUUGCACGAGUCCUUUUCUCUACCCCCAAGACUUGCUGUUCUGAGAUAAGUUAUAAUCAGACGUCACGUCCAGUUGGGCUAGCUUACAUCCUGUGCAGAUUUUUUUCGCACAUUAAGCUUUCUAAUGGAGGGUUUUCUUCAUGCACUUCAUGUGAAGUUAAGGAGAUCUUACACAAGAGCAGGGGACGCAGAAGAAUCCAUUUCUUCUCUAAGAGCGACGAACUUGCAUACCAUUCUCAAAUUGCCUGGAAAAGGCUUGUUCGAAUAUGUUCCUAUAGCAAGCCAACUGUAGCGCCAAUUAGUAGGAUAGCUUGUGCAGUGACCCUUGCUUUGACCCGCUCGCACCUUGUAGCUCCGGGCAUUUUGGCCUGCGUUAUAGGAGAUUUAGCCUGGAAGCAGAGGGUAUGGGCAGAGGCAGAACACCUCCCAACCAAGGAUACUCUCUACAUGCAUGCACAAGAUAGGCAUGUCUAUCUGACUUCAAUUGUCGUCUCCCUAUUGGAGGGUUUGAUGUUGGUUAUCAGAGCUAUCUACUUGGCAAUUCUGUUUUUACCUUGCAUAGUCAUGGCUCCUUUUGCAGAUUCUCUUGGCACAGAGUUCAGAAAAUCAUGGCUUCGUGCUGUCCGUGUGACAUUAGAAAAGGCUGGUCCAGCAUUUAUCAAAUGGGGUCAGUGGGCAGCUGCGAGGCCUGAUCUGUUCCCAAAUGAUUUGUGCAAUGAACUCGCUGAACUUCACACUAAAGCACCUUCACAUAGCUUUGCCUAUACACAAAGUGCUAUUGAAAAGGCAUUUGGCCGUAAGCUGCCAGAAAUUUUUGAUAAGUUUGAAGAGAAACCUGUGGCAUCUGGUAGCGUUGCUCAGGUUCACAGAGCUACUCUGAAAGUAGGUUAUCCUGGACAGCGGGCUAAGCCUGAGCUUGUUGCUGUAAAAGUUAGACAUCCAGGCGUUGCUGAAGCAAUACGUAGGGAUUUUGUAUUGAUCAAAUUAUUUGCAAACGUUUCAAAUUUCAUCCCUACAUUGAAAUGGUUAAGACUGGAUGAAAGCAUACAACAGUUUGCUGUCUUCAUGAUGUCACAAGUUGAUCUUGCAAGGGAAGCAGCUAAUCUGAGUCGUUUUAUUUACAAUUUCCGUCAUUGGAAGGAUGUCUCAUUCCCAAAACCUCUAUAUCCAUUUGUACAUCCUGCUGUUCUAGUGGAAACUUAUGAGCAUGGUGAAAAUAUUCUUCACUAUGUUGACAAACUUGAAGGGCAUGAACACAUAAAAAGUGCCCUUGCUCAUAUUGGGACUCAUGCACUUUUAAAGAUGCUCUUGGUGGACAAUUUCCUCCAUGCAGACAUGCAUCCAGGAAACAUUCUUGUUAGAGUAUCUCAGGGCAAAACUUCAGCAAAACCAUUGUUUAAGUCCAGGCCUCAUGUAAUUUUCCUUGAUGUAGGAAUGACUGCUGAACUUUCUAAGAAGGAUCGAAACAAUGUACUGGAGUUCUUUAAGGCAGUGGCACUUCAAGAUGGUCGCAAUGCUGCAGAGUACACUCUUCGAUUAUCUAACAAACAGAACUGCCCAUAUCCACAGGCAUUCAUUGAGGAAGUGGAGAAAGAUUUCAAGUCGUGGCGUUCAGCUGAAGGCGAUUUUCAACCGGCUGAUUGCAUGCAACAAUUGCUUGAGCAAGUUAGACGGCACAGAGUUAACAUUGAUGGCAAUAUUUGUACUGUGAUUGUAACUACUAUGGUUUUGGAGGGGUGGCAGCAUAAGCUUGAUCCGGAGUAUGAUGUACUGAAGACCCUGCAAACAUUGCUUUUCAAAGUUGACCUGGAAGAGUCUCUCGUCUAUACAAUUGAAGGACUGAUGGCCCCAUAAAGGUUUCUCCAUUUUCUUCAUUUCUGAAAGCAAUUUUGUUAAAAUAAUGCUUAGAGAGAAAAUGAGAUAUUUGAAAAUUGCUGUCCCAACAAGUAGAGAACAAUAUAUCCAUUGUGGGAGGAAAGAAAUAAAAAUCAGUUUUCAAUACUUUUGCUGUUACUGUGAUAUACUUCUCAUUGAAAUUUUAUUAAUGCUUUUUCUGUUCAACAAUUUCAAUCAAAGAGGAAAGAGGAGAGAGAAUUUUUUGGUUUUA